GAAAUGAUCGAAAUACGUGAUAAAGUCGUGGUAAAGAAUGAGAUGGUCGUUUAAAAAAAUAUAUACUAUGUUCAGCCCUAUUUAAAGUUCAUAGUCAAGUUUAUGCAAUUAACAUAAUCGAAUCUGCUACUCUGAAAACGGAAGCUACUGGUUGUUCGGUUGGUGAAUUAGACGUUUGACGUUUCAGAUCACCGCUUUCGCUCCACUAGCUAGCUAUUCAUACAGCGGACUAUUUGUCCACUCAUGCACUAGGCCCUAUGUUAAACUAUUUGACAACCGCCUCCAGAUUAUUUCUCCGAAACACCGUGCCCAUCUCGUCGAGGGGUAACUACAACAUAAUCUGUCGGUUUUACAGGAGAAUGGAUCGAGCCGUGGUAAGAUGUGUCCCGUGGGAAUCCAAACUCACUAUUUCCUUCGUCCUUGAUGGGAGCAACAAACACAUGCUCAGGGACCAGACCGAGGAGCUAGGCAAAGCACUGGCACGGAUCGCUAACAGUAUCAUCAAGGGCCAGGGCAAAGCUAAAAAAUACAAGAAAAACAAAGGCGCGCCCACAGACGCCCAGGAGCCCGCUGCAGCGGUGAGGCUGUACUACAACGGAGACUUUGUGGCAGAGGAGGCUCUAAACUCCGAUGCCUGGAAGGAUGGGGCAGUCUUACACGUGGGUGACCGUAAGUACACAGUGGAGAGGAACCCUCCCACAUUCACUACGGCAGAGCUGCCCGCUUCUCUACUGGCCGGGUUCCCCGUGUGCCCGAAGCUCAAGGUAGAAUUCGGGGAUUUAAAAGACUGUCGGUUUAAAUGGUUCAAGGAGAGCAAGUCCGGUGCAGGUGACGAGGAGCAUCGAGGAGAGAAUGGUUGGACCGAGGCUGGAAGCGAACGAGUGUUCAUCCCGUCAAAUAUGGACAUUGGCUCCAAGCUUAAACUGACGUGCACGCCGGGUGACGGCAAACGGUGUGGGAUGGACAAUGAGUUAGUAACCACCGGUACAGUCGAGGCAGGGCCCGGUUCCUGUACCUUUGACAACAGACACAUGUACACCAACAAGGUCACAGAUGACAUGACCGUCAGAGUAGUGUCAUACAACAUCUUAGCUGACGUUUACGCACAAACAGACCUCUCCAAAACCGUGCUGUACCCUUAUUGUACUCCCUACGCAUUGGAACUGGACUACAGACAGAGUCUGAUCAAAAAAGAGCUGUCCGGCUAUAACGCUGACGUCAUCUGCCUCCAGGAAGUGGAUAAGAACGUGUUCUCCGACAGUCUGUCUCCGGCCCUGGAUGCGUUCGGCUUCGACGGGGUCUUCAGGAUUAAGGAGAAGCAGCACGAAGGUUUGGCCACCUACUACAGGAGGUCAAAGUUUAAACUGCUCAGUCAACACGACAUCAUGCUGAGUGAAGCUCUGACGUCAGACCCUAUCCACGAAGAGCUGUCGGACACAGUGAACAGCAACCCUGCCUUGAAGGAGAAGGUGAUGCAGAGAUCUACCACACUACAGGUGAGUGUCCUUCACUGUCUGAACGAUCCAUCCAAGAAGAUCUGUGUUGCCAACACCCACCUCUACUGGCAUCCCAAAGGUGGGAAUGUACGUCUGGUCCAGAUGGCAGUAGCUCUGAAACAGCUUCAGCAGGUGAUCACCCAGAGUUACCCCGACGCCUCGCUCCUCUUCUGCGGGGACUUCAACAGCACCCCGUCCUCGGGGGUCUUCCAGCUGAUGAGCCAGGGGGUUCUGCACAGCACCCACCCGGACUGGAGCUCCAACGGACCGGACGAGCUCUGUCCCAUGGAGGUCUCCAACCCCUUCCAGCUGAGUAGCGCCUGCGGGGAGCCGGCCUAUACUAACUACGUAGGGGGCUUCCACGGCUGCCUGGACUAUAUCUUCAUGGACCCGCGGGUGCUGCAGGUAGAUCAGAUGAUCCCUCUGCCCAGCCACCAGGAGGUCACUACCUGUCAGGCCCUCCCCAGCGUCUCACACCCUUCUGACCACAUAGCGCUGGUCUGUGACCUCAAGUGGAAGUAAAGCUCUCCCUCCUGUUUACAGCAGUCUGUGGCUGAUCAACCAUGUCUGUCUCUGUACCAGGGCCCCUACAGUGUGUCUCUGUACCAGGGCCCCUACAGUGUGUCUCUGUACCAGGGCCCCUACAGUGUGUCUCUGUACCAUGUCUGUCUCUGUACCAUGGCCCCUACAGUGUGUCUCUAAACUAUGUCUGUCUCUGUACCAGGGCCUCUACAGUGUGUCUCUAAACUAUGUCUGUCUCUGUACCAGGGCCCCUACAGUGUGUCUCUGUACCAGGGCCCCUACAGUGUGUCUCUAAACCAUGUCUGUCUCUGUACCAUGUCUGUCUCUGUACUAGGGCCCCUACAGUGUGUCUCUGUACCAUGUCUGUCUCUGUACCAUGGCCCCUGCAGUGUGUCUCUGUACCAGGGCCCCUACAGUGUGUCUCUGUACCAUGUCUGUCUCUGUACCAGGGCCCCUACAGUGUGUCUCUGUACCAGGGCCCCUACAGUGUGUCUCUAAACCAUGUCUGUCUCUGUACCAUGUCUGUCUCUGUACCAGGGCCCCUAUAGUGUGUCUCUGUACCAUGUCUGUCUCUGUACCAGGGCCCCUACAGUGUGUCUCUAAACUAUGUCUGUCUCUGUACCAGGGCCCCUACAGUGUGUCUCUGUACCAGGGCCCCUACAGUGUGUCUCUAAAACAUGUCUGUCUCUGUACCAUGUCUGUCUCUGUACCAGGGCCCCUACAGUGUGUCUCUAAACCAUGUCUGUCUCUGUACCAUGUCUGUCUCUGUACCAGGGCCCCUACAGUGUGUCUCUAAACCAUGUCUGUCUCUGUACCAUGUCUGUCUCUGUACCAGGGCCCCUACAGUGUGUCUCUAAACCAUGUCUGUCUCUGUACCAUGUCUGUCUCUGUACCAGGGCCCCUACAGUGUGUCUCUAAACUAUGUCUGUACCAGGGUCUCUACAGUGUGUCUCUGUACCAUGUCUGUCUCUGUACCAGGGCCCCUACAGUCUGUCUCUGUACCAGGGCCCCUACAGUGUGUCUCUAAACUAUGUCUGUCUCUGUACCAGGGCCCCUACAGUGUGUCUCUAAACCAUGUCUGUCUCUGUACCAUGUCUGUCUCUGUACCAGGGCCCCUACAGUGUGUCUCUAAACUAUGUCUGUCUCUGUACCAGGGCCUCUACAGUGUGUCUCUAAACUAUGUCUGUCUCUGUACCAGGGCCCCUACAGUCUGUCUCUGUACCAGGGCCCCUACAGUGUGUCUCUAAACUAUGUCUGUCUCUGUACCAGGGCCCCUACAGUGUGUCUCUAAACCAUGUCUGUCUCUGUACCAUGUCUGUCUCUGUACCAGGGCCCCUACAGUGUGUCUCUAAACUAUGUCUGUCUCUGUACCAGGGCCUCUACAGUGUGUCUCUAAACUAUGUCUGUCUCUGUACCAGGGCCCCUACAGUGUGUCUCUAAACUAUGUAUGUCUCUGUACCAGGCCCCCUACAGUGUGUCUCUAAACUAUGUCUGUCUCUGUACCAGGGCCCCUACAGUGUGUCUCUGUACCAGGGCCCCUACAGUGUGUCUCUAAACUAUAUCUGUCUCUGUACCAGGGCCCCUACAGUGUGUCUCUAAACCAUGUCUGUCUCUGUACCAGGGCCCCUACAGUGUGUCUCUGUACCAGGGCCCCUACAGUGUGUCUCUAAACUAUGUCUGUCUCUGUACCAGGGCCCCCUACAGUGUGUCUCUAAACCAUGUCUGUCUCUGUACCAGGGCCCCUACAGUGUGUCUCUGUACCAGGGCCCCUACAGUGUGUCUCUAAAACAUGUCUGUCUCUGUACCAGGGCCCUUACAGUGUGUCUCUGUACCAGGGCCCUUACAGUGUGUCUCUGUACCAGGGCCCCUACAGUGUGUCUCUGUACCAGGGCCCUUACAGUGUGUCUCUAUACCAUGUCUGUCUCUGUACCAGGGCCCCUACAGUGUGUCUCUGUACCAGGGCCCCUACAGUGUGUCUCUGUACCAGGGCCCCUACAGUG